CAUACAUCUCAGUGGUACAGGCACAAAAGUCAUGGAACUAGAACAAGUUGUUGGACAAAAGACCAGUGAGGAGGAACUGGACAGAGAUAAAGAUAUUUGUGGUAAUAAGGACCACAAAUCUAAAGAAAGAGCCCAAAACCACAGAAUUGUUUUGAGUACAGUAUGCUUUGGCAUCGUAUGCAUUUCCAUUUUGGCUGGCAUUGUAGUACUGCAUAUCAAGCUCAUGGCAGAUAAAGAUACACAGAUGUUACUGUCCAGUUCAAGAUGUCAAACUGAGAAAGACCAGCUACAGAACGACUUUAACUCUCAGAAGAAUCACGAGUUGAAGAAAACAGUCAAUGAUACCACUUUUGAAACAAGCCAGUUACUGAAAUAUUGUGAGUCUGUGAAUGAGAAGAAUCAGGAAAUGAUGAAAAGAGUCAAUCAGCUCUCUUUUGAAAAAACUUGUGACUCUUUGAAUCAGACAAAACUGGAGCUGGAAAAGAGAAUUGACAAACUUGCUUCUGAAAAAAGCCAGUUACUGGGACGUUUUGACUCUUUCAGUCAGAGGAAUCAGGAGUUGGAGAAAAGAGUCAAUCAGCUCUCUUUUGAAAAAAGCCAGUUGCAGGGAACUUGUGACUCUUUGAAUCAGACAAAACUGGAGCUGGAAAAGAGAAUCGACAAUCUUGCUUCUGAAAAAAGCCAGUUAAAUGGAAGUUUUGACUCUUUCAGUCAGAAGAAUCAAGAGUUGGAAAAAAGAGUCCAUGAUCUCUCCUCUAAGAAAAGCCAGUUACAGGAAAGUUUUGACUCUGUCAGCCAGAAGAAUCAAGAGUUGGAGAAAAGAGUAGAUGAUCUCUCCUCUAAGAAAAGCCAGUUACAGGAAAGUUUUGACUCUUUGAAUCAGACAAAACUGGAGCUGGAAAAGAGAAUCGACAAUCUCACUUCUGAAAAAAGUCAGUUACAGGGACGUUUUGACUCUUUCAGUCAGAAGAAUCAAGAGUUGGAGAAAAGAGUCAAUGAUCUCUCCUCUAAGAAAAGCCAAUUACAGAGAAAUUGUGAGUCUGUGAAUGAGAAGAAUCAGGAAAUGAUGAAAAGAGUCAAUCAGCUCUCUUUUGAAAAAAGCCAGUGGCAGGGAACUUGUGACUCUUUGAAUCAGACGAAACUGGAGCUGGAAAAGAGACUCGAUAAUCUUGCUUCUGAAAAAAGCCAGCUACAGGGACGUUUUGACUCUUUCAGUCAGAAGAAUCAAGAGUUGGAGAAAAGAGUCGAUGAUCUCUCCUCUAAGAAAAGCCAGUUACAGGAAAGUUUUGACUCUUUGAAUCAGACAAAACUGGAGCUGGAAAAGAGAAUCGACAAUCUCACUUCUGAAAAAAGCCAGUUACAGGGAGAUUUUGACUCGUUGAGUCAGAAGAAUCUGCAGUUAGAGGCAGAACUAAAAAAGUUACUUAAAAAAGGUUUUGUGUUCUGGUACAGUGACGUGAUGACCUGGUCUGACAGCAGGCAGUACUGCAGGGAUCAGGGUGGUGAUCUGGUCAUUAUCAAAAGUGAAGACAAGCAGACAUUAAUUUCUUCAGUGGUCAAGGAGAUUGUGUGGAUUGGUUUGUCUGAUGUAAAAAUUGAGGGGGAAAUGAAAUGGGUGGAUAAUUCAUCGCUGAAUCAAACGUUUUGGUCUGGAAACGAGCCAAAUAACGAGGGUGGAAAUGAGGGCUGCGUCGAACUGAUACCUUCGUACGCUAUCCUGAAAAACUGGAAUGAUGUCCCAUGCUCACAGAAGAGAAGAGGGAUCUGUGAGAAGUAGCUUUGCUUCCUUUAUCUUCCUGACACUUAAUAGCUAUUUUAAUAAUAUAAUUGCUUUUAUAAUUUCUCUAUUAAAAAUAGGCUUUUGAUUUUUACUGCAGUAAUAAAUCUCACAGCAUUCUGCUUCUAAUUUUUUCGAUCUGAAGAGUUGACCAUAUCCUGCAAGCAAAUGUUAAGCAUACUGCUUACAGUAUUUUAGUCAAAUGAAAUACAAUAAAGUAAAAGUAGCGGCACUUCUUCUUUUGGUUUUGCCAGGAGAUAAUUGAUCUACUAUUAGUUUAAUUGAUUUUUAUUUACAUUUUGCUUUGUUAUCUUUCUUGAAAGUGAUUGCUUUUUUUCAUGAAUAAAG